AUGGAUGCUCUUGCCGGCAGCCCCCUUGGAUGGCUCUGCGCGGGCGUCACCAUGCUUUUUGGGGCGACCGUGCUGUGCACGGCCAAGAGGAGCCCAGCAGAGAAAGCAAACGUGCUGGUCUGGAGGCUCCUGCCUGCCUUGCUGGGGCUGCUGUGCGUGGCCACGCUGGGCGCGGGCGGGGGGCUGCUGGUGUUUUGCACCGCGUGCCUCGUCUCCUCCGUGUACCUGGGCAGCAGGGCGCUGCUGCCCGUGGGCGACAAAGCCGUGCUCAUCACGGGAAGCGACACUGGGAUUGGACACGCACUGGCUAAAUACCUGGAUAACUUAGGUUUUGUUGUGUUUGCUGGGGUUUUGAAUAAGGACGGACCUGGAGCUGAGGAACUGAGACGGACCUGUUCUCGGAGACUCUCUCUCCUGCAGCUGGAUAUAACCAAUGCCACCCAAGUGAAGGAAGCCUAUCUAAAAGUCUCAGAGAAGGUGCAAAAUACAGGACUCUGGGGAGUCGUGAAUAACGCAGGCAUCCUGGGCUUCUCCGCUGAUGGUGAGCUGCUCCCCAUGAGCACGUACAGGCAGUGCAUGGAGGUGAAUUUCUUUGGGGCUGUAGAGGUGUCCAAGACCUUCUUACCGUUACUUCGGAAAUCCCAGGGGAGGCUGGUUAACAUGUCCAGCAUGGCAGGAGGCAUUCCACUACCGAGGUACGCUGCAUACGGUGCAUCAAAAGCAGCUCUGUCCAUGUUUUCUGGAGUAAUGAGGCAAGAGCUUUCCAAAUGGGGAAUUAAAGUUGCUGCAAUUCAUCCGUCAGGCUUCCGAACAGGUAUACAAGGCACAUCUGACCUGUGGGAUAAGCAAGAAAAGGAGCUGAUGGAGAACCUCCCAGCAGACACAAGGCAAGACUACGGCGAGGACUACCUCCUGGGGCUGAAGAGCUACCUGCUGCGCAUGCCCGCGUACUGCGACGCCGACCUCUCCCCCGUGCUGAGCGCUAUCCUGCACGCUUUGCUGGCCAAGAGACCACACGGCUUGUACACCCCUGGCAAAGGGGCUUACAUGCCCCUCUGCAUCUUCUGCUACUUUCCUCUCUGGUUCUACGACUUUUUCAUUAGUAAGAUGCUGAGUACUGAGUCUGUCCCAAGGGCACUGAGAACAUCAGAAGCGGAAAGAAAGAAUCUCUGAGGUAUCCAUCAGCAUUUGUCUUACUUGAUUAGAUAACUGGGAAAAACUCUAUCUUAAGACACUGCCAUUUAUUGUACUGUCUUUGUUAAAUUGCAUUUAUACUGCCUUGCAAACAGAAGUAAAUCUUUGUGUUAAGAGUAAUGUUCAGGAAAAGCAGUGGAUAAACAGAAAUAGAAAGCUGUCCCCAGAUGGGGCAUUUAGGGAGGAAUUUCAAUGUUUUCCUGAUGUCUUUGUAUCCUGCUUUCUGUGUAAGGUAUCUCAUGAGGUUAUAUAGUUCCUGUCUGCUUCAAAAGGCACCACCAACACACAGACAGAUGUAUAACCUGUUUUUUAAAACAACAACAAAAAUCCUUGAGAGUCAACAACCUUCUUAAACAUUAUAAGGAGUUGCAUAUAUUCCUAUCAUUGGAGAGAUUUAGAAAUGUCUAAUGCAAAUCUUUCUCGCUGCAGCUUCAGCCUAAUAUGGGGUUUUUUUGGUUCUGUUGCUGUUGGACCUGAGAAAUGAUUGACCUUUUUUCCCCCAAGUUUUGUGAAGGAUAGUUGUGAUGUUUAUAAUGUGUCCUCUUUGCUAGACUAAGCAACAUAAAUUAGUUGGGGGAAAAAUGAACAAAGAUCAAGACCUUCACGAAGAAGCAAACAAUCUCCUUCCUACAGUAUUAGAAAAUGUAAUAGUAAGUAUAUCAGCUGCUAAUUUGAUAUGACUGUCUUGGUCAUUCUGUGCAUUGCCUGUAUAUGCUUGUGCUUAAUUAUUAGUAAACUCUGAUCUCACUUC